AUGGUUACCGGAAGUGAAACCGGAAGCAAAACCUGGCAAAACACACGUCAUGAACUUGCCCCGCCAGAAGACAGCGGGAAAUUUAAAUGCCGUGUAAACAAUUUAAAUUUUUUACAAAACAAAACAAAACGCUUUGCAUUGAAACAAUGGAAAUUGUGGGAAAAGAAAACCAAGGAAGGAAACUGUGGAAAGGGACAACUUGGUGAUCCGCAUCAAAUUGCUUUAGCAAUAAAAUUUCAGACCCAACUAUAUCUUUUUUCCGUUUCCCAAACAACGACGAUCGGUAAGAUGACAAAAUUAUAAAUAAAUGUGUAUUUUAAACGCAAAGUAGACACCUGCAUAACAUCGUUGAUUUUUAACGUCUUUAUUUGGAAAAAUACCAUCAAGGCUAAACGUAUCACUUGUUCAUAACUUAUAAAUAUUAUAUAUGUAAAUACUUAUUUUUUCAUGUUUUUUUUAUGUCUAUCACUCUAUAACUUAUAAGCUGGUUUCUUAGUAUGCUUUAUAUGUCAAUGCUGCACCACAGAAUAGGUAUUAUAGUCUCUACUCUGUUGCUGCAUCCUUAUAUUUGCAUACAAACAGAUAACAGUAUUUUACAUAAUCCCAAUACAAAUAUUUUGAUAAAUUUUAUAUGUAACUUUUUCAACAAUUUUAGUAUGAAGCAGUGGGCAUUGAAUUGCCAAAGGGAGGACUUAUUACACAAGGAUGCUGUUUCGGUACAUAAGAACUAUAGAUUAUGUGCAAAACAUUUUCAAGAUUCCUGCUUCCGAAACCAUUCGAGAAACAGAUUAAUAAAGACGGCAGUGCCUACAAUAUUUUCCUACAAACUAGGCAUCAAGCGAAAACGUUUCCCAGAUGAAACAUCUGGUAUGUGACAUUUAACCAACUAUACUACAGUAUGACCAUACUCACAUACUAUUAUUGAUUAGUAAUUACUAAAUACUAUUUUUCAGAUUGUGUAAGGCCAUCAAAGUCCAUUCCGGAAUAUUCAGCUGAAGCCCAUGUCACAUUGUCACCAUUCUCUCUGAAAGGUACAUUAUCAAAUAUAUCCCAUCAUCAUGUCUUUUGAGAUAUAUAAAGACUUUACAUUUUCAACUAUUUUGUUGCAGGUCAAACAGCACAAUCAGGAUCAGGAAGUGACUUGGGGUCAAUGCAUCAACAAAUCACUAUGAAUGAAGGUAUUCUAUAAGUAACAAUUAAGAUGUCAUGCAUGAUUGAUACAGUUAAUAAUGUCAACAAUUUACUCUAGAUAUACUCAACUAUUUUGUUGCAGGUCAAACAGCACAAUCAGGAACAGGAAGUGACUUGGGGUCAAUGCAUCAACAAAUCACUAUGAAUGAAGGUAUCCUAUAAGUAACAAUUAAGAUGUCAUGCAUGAUUGAUACAGUUAAUAAUGUCAACAAUUUACCCUAGAUAUACUCAACUAUUUUGUUGCAGGUCAAACAGCACAAUCAGGAUCAGGAAGUGACUUGGGGUCAAUGUAUCAACAAAUCACUAUGAAUGAAGGUAUUCUAUAAGUAACAAUUAAGAUGUCAUGCAUGAUUGAUACAGUUAAUCAUGUCAACAAUUUACUCUAGAUAUACUCAACUAUUUUGUUGCAGGUCAAACAGCACAAUCAGGAACAGGAAGUGACUUGGGGUCAAUGCAUCAACAAAUCACUAUGAAUGAAGAUAUCCUAUAAGUAACAAUUAAGAUGUCAUGCAUGAUUGAUACAGUUAAUUAUGUCAACAAUUUACCCUAGAUAUACUCAACUAUUUUGUUGCAGGUCAAACAGCACAAUCAGGAUCAGGAAGUGACUUGGGGUCAAUGCGUCAACAAAUCACUAUGAAUGAAGGUAUCCUAUAAGUAACAAUUAAGAUGUCAUGCAUGAUUGAUACAGUUAAUAAUGUCAACAAUUUACCCUAGAUAUACUCAACUAUUUUGUUGCAGGUCAAACAGCACAAUCAGGAUCAGGAAGUGACUUGGGGUCAAUGCAUCAACAAAUUACUAUGAAUGAAGGUAUCCUAUAAGUAACAAUUAAGAUGUCAUGCAUGAUUGAUACAGUUAAUAAUGUCAACAAUUUACCCUAGAUAUACUCAACUAUUUUGUUGCAGGUCAAACAGCACAAUCAGGAUCAGGAAGUGACUUGGGGUCAAUGUAUCAACAAAUCACUAUGAAUGAAGGUAUUCUAUAAGUAACAAUUAAGAUGUCAUGCAUGAUUGAUACAGUUAAUAAUGUCAACAAUUUACUCUAGAUAUACUCAACUAUUUUGUUGCAGGUCAAACAGCACAAUCAGGAACAGGAAGUUACUUGGGGUCAAUGCAUCAACAAAUCACUAUGAAUGAAGGUAUCCUAUAAGUAACAAUUAAGAUGUCAUGCAUGAUUGAUACAGUUAAUUAUGUCAACAAUUUACCCUAGAUAUACUCAACUAUUUUGUUGCAGGUCAAACAGCACAAUCAGGAUCAGGAAGUGACUUGGGGUCAAUGCGUCAACAAAUCACUAUGAAUGAAGGUAUCCUAUAAGUAACAAUUAAGAUGUCAUGCAUGAUUGAUACAGUUAAUAAUGUCAACAAUUUACCCUAGAUGUACUCAACUAUUGUGUUGCAGGUCAAACAGCACAAUCAGGAACAGGAAGUGACUUGGGGUCAAUGCAUCAACAAAUCACUAUGAAUGAAGGUAUCCUAUAAGUAACAAUUAAGAUAUGUCAUGCAUGAUUGAUACAGUUAAUAAUGUCAACAAUUUACCCUAGAUAUACUCAACUAUUUUGUUGCAGGUCAAACAGCACAAUCAGGAUCAGGAAGUGACUUGGGGUCAAUGCAUCAACAAAUCACUAUGAAUGAAGGUAUCCUAUAAGUAACAAUUAAGAUGUCAUGCAUGAUUGAUACAGUUAAUUAUGUCAACAAUUUACCCUAGAUAUACUCAACUAUUUUGUUGCAGGUCAAACAGCACAAUCAGGAUCAGGAAGUGACUUGGGGUCAAUGUAUCAACAAAUCACUAUGAAUGAAGGUAUGCUAUAAGUAACAAUUAAGAUGUCAUGCAUGAUUGAUACAGUUAAUAAUGUCAACAAUUUACUCUAGAUAUACUCAACUAUUUUGUUGCAGGUCAAACAGCACAAUCAGGAUCAGGAAGUGACUUGGGGUCAAUGCGUCAACAAAUCACUAUGAACGAAGGUAUUCUAUAAGUAACAAUUAAGAUGUCAUGCAUGAUUGAUACAGUUAAUAAUGUCAACAAUUUACUCUAGAUAUACUCAACUAUUUUGUUGCAGGUCAAACAGCACAAUCAGGAUCAGGAAGUGACUUGGGGUCAAUGCAUCAACAAAUCACUAUGAAUGAAGGUACUGUACAUACUGUAUAACUAGUUAGCAUACUGUAUUAUGAACAUUGAGAAAAAACAGUGCACACAUUAAUUAACACAACAUUACUAAAGUAAUUUCUAUUUUAGAACAACCAUCAAGCCACAGCCUUCACUCGCAAACAAGUGCACAGUCGUCAAUAAAUAGUCCCAGGAAGACAAAAUUACAAAAAACAAUCAACAGGCAAAAAACCCAAAUACAUCGAUUACGAAAACGACUUAAUGCAAAGAAACAAAGUAAAAUGUCAACGAAAGAGGCUAUACAAACUAUAGGAACAAUACUACCUGCUCCCCUUGUCAAAUUCAUUGAGUCACAGAUUGACCUUCACACAAAGAGUUCAAAACAUGGCCGGAGAUACAGUAAUGAAACCAAAGCAUUUGGACUUACCCUUUUCCAUCUCAGUGGGAAGGCUUAUAAAAUAGUCUCAAAGCUUUUCUGUUUGCCUUCAAAAUCAUCUUUACUGAAGUGGGUUUCCAAAUUGCCAAACUGUGCUGGUCUCACACAACCUGCUGUUGAAGUAAUCUCUACCAAGGUUAAAACUAUGGAUGCUAAAGGAAAGCUGUGCAUCAUUUCAUUUGACGAAAUUUCCUUGAAAUCAAAUUUGGCAUAUCAAUCGAAUACUGAUGAGUUGAUUGGCCUAGAAGAUUAUGGUGAAGGGGACAAAACCAACUGCUUGGCAACUUCUGCUAUUGUUUUUAUGGCUCGUGGUGUGGUGCACAACUGGAAGCAGCCUUUGGCUUACUUUCUUGUCAAUGAAGCAUGCAGCAGUUUCAAAGUUAAAGAAAAAUUGAUUGAGAUCAUCGACCUUGUGGAAAAUAUAGGACUGCAUGUUGAAGCUGUUGUCUCUGAUAUUGGCUCCAACUUUCAAAAGUUUGUCCGAGAAAUGGGUAUCACUCCUGAAAAUCCCUGGUUCCUCCAUAAUGGAAGAAAAAUUGUUUAUCUCUUCGACACACCACAUAUAAUUAAGGCAAUACGGAACAAUCUCAUUAAAUAUGACUUUCAUUUCGACGGAAAAGUUGCAUCCUGGAAGGACUUUGAAGCUCUGUACAACAUUGACUCCAAAAAUUCCAUCAGAUGUUGCCCAAAAUUAACCAGCAAUCACUUGUACCCCAAUGGCUUUCAAAAAAUGAAAGUGAAAUUUGCAACUCAGGUUUUAAGCCAUACUGUUUCAUCGGCAAUGUUAAUGGCUACUAGCGGUGGUCUUCUUCCUCCAUCAGCAGUUGGGACAGCUGAACUGAUUGCCCAAUUGGAUACAAUAUUCGAUUGUCUAAACAGCACGUCUUUUGAAUCUCCAAAGAUUUACAACCAUCCGCUGUCAUCUCAGUCUCACCAUUUCAAAUUUAUGGCUGAUAUGUGUUCCUUGGUUGGGAGACUUAAAGUUACGGAGCCAGCAACUAGAUAA